AUGGAUUUUGACGAGCCGCUUCCAUUGAUCCGGCCACCGAAGCAGAUCCCCUCUCUGCUGGAAGAGGCCAGCGCAGACAACUCAGCCAUCUACUACGCGUACGGCUACGGGAUCAUCGCUGUCAGCUGGAUGAUCUUUUUGGUGUCGGCGAACUCCUUCUUUCGCAUCUGGCAAUUCGUGAUAGAGCCACUCCGAAGCUGUGGCUAUGAGUCAUUGUACUUUCAAUUGGCUACCGUGUUUUCUACGGCCGACAAUUAUGUGCUCAGUAUGUGGAGCAUUUAUGUAGUGGUCUGGUGGUGGGCCAUCGUGUCUUGGUGUGGAUUGAAGCUCUUCCGGCAUCUGAAGGGCGGGGUUGAGGCAGUGUAG